AUGGUGACCGGCUUGCUAGCGGACAGCUUCGACCCGAACGUGCCGACCCGAGACAGCUGGACGCCGCUGCACCUCAAAUCUCUCGCGGGGCAGAAAGCGCUGGUGUUGAGCUUGCUAGAACACGGUACCACCAUCGACGCACGGGACGCAACGGGUGAGUCACCACGUAUCGAGGCCUCCUACAAAGUCAAGCAAGCUAUCGUGGAGACUCUGCUCUCUCUAAGGGGGCCACCGCCAACCUCCGAGGAACCGUACCGCUAUGCUAAUCUGCGCUCGACAGAGCCCCACGAGAAGGACCACCGAGGUAAUCGGUGUCCUCAUUCGGGGCAGGGCCACGGUGAGCGCCCAAGACCGCCGAGGCGUCACCGCACUACUCGGUGA